CGGUGUGACGCCUGCCCUUUGUGACCCACAGGCUUGGUGAAGACGCCCCAGGCUGGUGCCAGGCCCGUGGGUGCCUGUGCAGGUGCCAUGGCAGGGGGAGCAGGGCUGGCCAAGCGCCUGGGGACGCUCCUGUCGGGGCUGCUGGAGUGCGGCGCCUUCUGCGGCAUCAUCUUCGGCUGGGCCUCCCUCGUCUUCGUCCUCAAGGACCUGGGCUACUUCGAGGGGCUGUGCCAGCCCUCCGCCACCCCCGGCCCCAACCUCACCCUGGGGUCUGACUGCAGUGGGCAGGAUGAGCAGUUCUCCCUGGUCUUCACCAUCGGCUCCUUCAUGAACAACUUCAUGACCUUCCCCAUGGGCGUCGUCUUCGACCGCUUCGGCACCACGGCCGCGCGCCUCAUCGCCAUCUCCCUCUACACUGGCGGAACCCUGCUCGUCGCCUUCUCCACGCCAGAGCUGGCAGUGCUGCUCUUCCCGGCCAUGUCCAUGCUGUCAGUGGGUGGCAUCCUCCUCAUCCUCACCAACAUGCAGGUGGGGAACCUGUUCGGGAACUACCGCUCCAUCAUCAUCACCCUCUACAACGGGGCCUUCGACUCCUCCUCCGCCAUCUUCCUCAUCGUCAAGCUGCUGUACGAGCAGGGGCUGUCCCUGCGGGCCAUGUUCCUGUUCCUGGCAGCCUGCAGUGCCUGGCACCUCCUGCGCACCCUCUUCCUGAUGCCACGCAGCCGCAUCCCCUACCCGCUGCCCCCCAACUACGACUACGGUCUGCAGUGCUGGGGCCGUUCCCGCUCCUACCGAGCCCACAAGGACAAGCAAACGCCGGGAGAGGCCGGACCCGAGGAGACACCCCUGGAACCCCCCAUAGCUCGAGGUGGGGACGUCCCUGGGACGCCAUUCCGGGCCUGCGCCUGCUCGUGGCUCUUCGCCUGGCACGUAGCCUGGCUCUCGGUGAUGCAGCUGCGUUUCCCCCGCAGCACUUCGGGAAGCUCUAUGGGCUGGCCAUGGCACUGUCGGCGCUGGUGGCCCUGCUGCAGUACCCCUGUGUUGCCCUGGUGCAGGGGCCGCUCCAGGGGGACCCCUUCUAUAUGAACCUGGGGCUCAUCACCGUGGUGCUGGUGGCUUUUGUCAGCCCCGUGGUGGUGGCCCGCGAGUGCCAGCGGCGAGCCAAGGAGCUGGGCAUGGCUGGCACCCCCCUGGCAGGGCCCCCCAGCACUGAGAUCCACGCCGAGACCCCGCACUGAGCCCCACGCCCAAACACCUUUUUUGUACCUGCCUGGGGGCGCUGUGCCAGUGGGGUGGGGAUAAUAAACAUCGCUGCCCCCUCUG